GAGCCGGAAGGCGGAAGCGAAACUGUGCCUGCUGAGUCUGGUCGCCAAGAUGGCGUCGCCCGCGUCGGCCGGGAAGCGGACGGUGAAGCAGGACGAGCUGCGGCGGCUCAUGAAGUCCGAGAAGCAGCGGCUCAGCGCAAGCCGGAAGCGAGUGGAGUCCCCCUUCGCCAAGUACAACCGCUUGGGGCAGCUGAGCUGCGCGCUGUGCGGCGUCCCCGUGAAGAGCGAGCUGCUGUGGCCCACGCACGUCCUAGGCAAGCAGCACAAGGAGAAGGUGGCGCUGCUGAAGGGGCCCAAGGAGCCCGGGCCGGGCCCCGCGCAGCCUCAGCCGCCGGCCAAGAGAACCGGCCCCGAGCUGGACGACCCGGCCGACGCGAAGAGAGCGCGAGCCGGCGGCUCCCAGGCCGCGGCCCCCGCAGCCCCUGGGCUGCCCGUGGACUUCUUUGACUCGGGCGCGAAGGAGGCCCCCCGAAAAGCGUCGGGGCUCAGUUUGCUCCCGGACUACGGAGACGACGACGACGAGGAAGAGGAGGUGGAGGAAGAAGAAGAGAAAGAAGGAAAGAGCGAGGCCCCGGCCCCCGCUUCCUCGCAGGAGCUUCCCAGCGCUCUGCCCCCCGAUUUCUUCGACCAGGACGCCCCGACGGCCCCCGUCGUCUCCCAUUCGGGGUCCAUCCAGAAGGCCGAGGUGCAAGAGAAGAUGGUGGAGAGGCGGGAGAACACGGCCGAGGCCCUGCCCGAGGGCUUCUUCGAUGACCCCGAGAUCGACGCCAAAGUGCGGAAAGUGGACGCGCCCAAGGACCAGAUGGACAAGGAGUGGGACGAGUUCCAGAAGGCCAUGAGGCAGGUCAACACCAUUUCCGAGGCCAUCGUGGCCGAGGAGGACGAGGAGGGGCGGCUGGACCGGCAGAUCGGUGAGAUCGACGAGCAGAUCGAGUGCUACCGGCGGGUGGAGGUCCUCCGGGACCGCCAGGACGUCCUGAAGGGUAAACUGAAGGAAGUGCUGACUUUGAGGGAAUUGCAGAAAAAGGAGGAGGAGAACCUCGACAGCGACGAUGAGGGGGAGCUGCAAGAUCUGCUGUCUCAGGACUGGAGAGUGAAGGGAGCUCUCUUGUGAGAGGCCAGAGGUGUGGAGAAAGACUGCAGAUGCCACUUCUUUUAGUGGUGGGUGAACGAAGAUAAAAUGAGAAACUACGAGAGAACUCUGGGGGGAAAUGGUUCAAAUUUUUUUUUUGCAUUCAUGUAUUUUGAGAACUUUCUGAAUACCAAAACUCGGAGUGUUUUCCUCUCUCAGUAUUCUAGGUCCAAAAUGCAAAACCAUUUUAUAAGAGCAUUGUAAAUUGUAAAUGUUGUACAAAGUUAAAUAUAUUUGUUAUUGAUGUUUCCUAUUCCUAGUCUCCAGUUCCUUCGGCAGAACUGACAACUAAGGGAUAAAUGUCAGUACAUGGACAAACCUUAUUAAUAGAUUGUUUAUGGGUUGUACCUUUCCCCCAUGUAUGAGGGUUUCAAAGACAGUGACAGCAUAGUGCCAUAUUAAGUCAGAUACAUUAGCCAUGUAGGCCAGUAUUCAUCUGACAGUAGUAUGGAAGGACACUGGAGGAAACUAUUAAGGAUGUGAGCCCACCCCUUCUCAGCUCCCUUUAAUAACCUGUUAAGAAACUAUUCACUCAGUAAUUUACCUAAACACUUUUCGAACCUAUUACAUUUAUAGCCUAUAAGACUUUUUGAGGUAAUAUGUUCUAUAAAUUUACUAUCUGCUCUGUAA